GUUGAAGCAAGUGAUGAUUAUUUGGAUGAAAUUCCCCUAAUGUGUGGAGGAUCAACAAUAGAAAUGGAUGAAAACGACCAGCUCAUGCGGGAGCGGAAAAACAGAUAUGGUCGGCAUAAAGGUAUCGGGUAUUUCCUGUCUGAAGGAUGGUGGGAUAUGUGUGGAAGCUGUUGGAAGAAAAUGUUUGGAUGUUGUUGUGGAGAGAAAGAAUAUCGUGACCGAACUAUUUAUAUCGGUCUAGCUACUGGACAUCAACAUAAAUACACGAAAAAUGUCGUCCGAAAUCAGAAAUACAGUGUUAUUACUUUUAUACCAAAGGUGUUAUUCGAACAGUUUAAAUUUUUCCUGAAUUUAUAUUUCCUAGUAAUGGCCACAUCUCAGUUUAUCCCAGCUAUUAGAAUUGGUUAUUUAUAUACUUACUGGGGACCUCUAUGUUUUGUAUUAUUUGUAACGAUGUGUCGAGAAGCUAUGGAUGAUUAUAGACGUUACCGUAGAGAUAAGGAGGCUAACUCUCAGAUCUAUAAAAAAUUAACACGAGAUGGUGUUGUCAAUGUUCCUAGCUCUAAUAUUAAAGUUGGAGAUCUGAUUAUUGUUGAGAAGAAUCAACGUGUACCAGCUGAUAUGGUUUUAAUAAGAACGACAGAGAAAGAUGGAGGUUGUUUUAUACGUACUGAUCAAUUAGAUGGAGAAACAGACUGGAAAUUACGACUUGCCGUCUCAACAACCCAACGUCUUCAAACUAAUGCUGAUAUUUUAGAUAUUUGUGGUAAUAUUUAUGCUGAAAAACCUCAAAAAGCCAUCCACAGUUUUAUAGGAACAUUUUCUAGGACUGAUGGUACCCCCUGUGAAGAUUCAUUAAGUAUUGAGAAUACAUUAUGGGCGAAUACUGUAGUAGCUUCCGGCACGGCCUUGGGGGCGGUAAUUUAUACCGGUAGGGAGACACGUAGUGUGAUGAACACAUCUAAACCUCAGAGUAAGACUGGUCUGUUAGAUUUAGAAAUUAAUACUUUAACUAAAUUAUUAUUUUUUGCUGUGAUUAUUUUAUCUAUUGUUAUGAUGAUACUCAAGGGUUUUAAUGGACCUUGGUAUCGUUAUUUAUUCCGGUUUAUAUUAUUAUUUUCAUACAUAAUACCAAUAAGUUUACGAGUAAAUCUAGACAUGGGUAAAGCUGUUUAUUCCUGGAUGAUACAGAGAGACAAGUUAAUACCAGGAACCACUGUCAGGAGUUCUACUAUACCGGAAGAACUUGGUCGUAUUACCUAUUUAUUAUCAGAUAAAACUGGUACCUUGACACAGAACGAGAUGGUUUUUAAGAAGUUACAUCUAGGAACAGUGGCAUAUACAGCUGAAACCAUGGAUGAGGUGUCUGCCCAUUUACGAACUGUAUAUAAUCAACAGCAAUCAGGAGGAGGGACAACUCCUACUAGACAAUCAGGACCGGUCAGACGUACAGUUGUAACGAAGGUAUAUGAAGCCGUGAAAGCGAUCGCGUUGUGUCACAAUGUUACGCCAGUCUAUGAGGAUGUGGAAGAUGGGGGCGAUAGAUCACACGAAACAGAGGCUGAUCAACAAAUACAACAGAAAGUCACGUAUCAGGCUUCAAGUCCAGAUGAGGUUGCCUUGGUAGCGUGGACAGAAGAUGUAAAUUUGACACUAGUAAAACGAGAUUUAAGUUCUAUAACUUUACGAAAUCCACUUGGUGCCUUAAUGAAGUACCAGAUAUUACAGGUUUUCCCAUUUACCUCCGAGAGUAAACGUAUGGGAAUUAUAGUUAAGGAAGAAGAGAGUGGUGAGAUAUUAUUCUAUAUGAAAGGUGCGGAUGUUGUCAUGCAGCAGAUAGUACAAUAUAAUGAUUGGUUAGAGGAAGAGUGUGGUAAUAUGGCUAGAGAAGGGUUAAGAACAUUAGUUGUAGCUAAGAAAGUUUUAACAGAAGAACAAUAUCAAGAUUUUGAAUCGAGAUAUCACCAAGCUAAGAUGUCAAUUCAAGAUAGAAAUGUUAAAAUGCAGGCCGUCAUAGAAAGUUUAGAACGAGAUUUAGAAUUAUUAUGUUUAACAGGAGUUGAAGACAAACUACAAGAUGGAGUUCGUCCUACUCUAGAAUUAUUGAAAAACGCUGGAAUUAAGGUUUGGAUGUUAACUGGUGAUAAAAUGGAGACAGCAACCUGUAUUGCUAAAAGUUCCAAGUUAGUUUCACGUACCCAAGAUAUUUAUACCUUCAAUAAGGUUACAGAUCGGACCGAAGCUCAUCUUGAACUAAACGCUCUUCGUAGAAAAAACGACGCUGCCUUAAUUAUAAUGGGAGAUUCUCUACAGAUCUGUUUAAAGUAUUAUGAACAUGAAUUUGUAGAACUAGCCUGUCAAUGUCCGGCUGUCGUAGUUUGUAGAUGUUCACCAACUCAGAAAGCUGAAAUAGUUAAAUUAUUACGUGUUCACACUGGAAAGAGAACCUCAGCUAUAGGUGAUGGAGGAAAUGAUGUUAGUAUGAUACAAGCGGCUAACGCAGGAAUUGGUAUUGUGGGUAAGGAAGGUAAACAAGCGUCACUGGCAGCUGAUUUCUCUAUCACUCAGUUCAGUCAUAUUGGUAGAUUAUUGAUGGUACAUGGUAGAAACAGUUAUAAAAGAUCAGCUUCGUUAAGUCAGUUUGUAAUUCACCGUGGUUUAAUUAUAACAGUCAUGCAGGCUGUAUUCGUCUCUGUCUUCUACUUCGCUUCCAUUGCUCUUUUCCCUGGCUUUCUCAUGAUUGGCUAUGCUACUAUUUACACAAUGUAUCCUGUGUUUUCAUUGGUCCUGGAUAAAGACGUGUCUGCGGCAAUAGCCAUGACUUAUCCUGAGUUAUAUAAAGAACUAACUAAGGUACAAAUUCUGCCCGGUACAAACAGGCUAGUUACAGAACGCCUGACCAAAGGACGUUCAUUAUCAUUUAAAACAUUUUUUAUGUGGGUUUUAAUCAGUAUUUAUCAAGGUGGUAUAAUAAUGUAUGGUGCUUUACUUCUAUUUGAAGAAGAAUUCAUUCACGUUGUUUCUAUAACGUUCACCUCGUUAAUAUUAACGGAGCUACUAAUGGUUGCCUUGACGAUACGAACUUGGCAUUAUUUAAUGAUCGUGGCUGAAAUAUUUAGUUUAGGAAUUUAUAUUGCUUCUCUGUAUGUUCUCAAAGAUUAUUUUGACACCAAGUUUUUACAGACGUGGGAUUUUGUUUGGAAAGUUUUGGUGAUAACUUCUGUUAGCUGUAUUCCACUCUACGUGCUGAAAUAUCUCCGAAAAAAAUUCUCUCCCCCUGUUUACUCCAAACUAGCCCCUUAA